CAAUAGAGGGAUUGGCAGAGAGGGGUGGAGGACACUGAAUGGAGGCCAGUGGAGGGAUUGGCAGAGAGGGGUGGAGGACACUGAAUGGAGGCCAGUGGAGGGAUUGGCAGAGAGGGGUGGAGGACACUGAGUGGGACCAGUGGAGGGAGGACGGUGUGAGGACACUGAAUGGAGGCCAGUGGAGGGAUUGGCAGAGAGGGGUGGAGGACACUGAGUGGAGACCAGUGGAGGGAUUGGCAGAGAGGGAUGGCAGAUAUGGAACGGUUAGUAAGGUGGAGUGAUUGGAUUUGGGGCUGAAAGGACAGAUGGGAGUCUAG